AUGGCUCAAGACCAGGGAGCUGUCAUCGUGGUGGACACUGACAGCGAUCGCGAAGACGCGUCCAGUUUCUCGGGGGCAGGGACCUACAGUUAUGAUCUUGAGAUUUCUACAAGUUCUGUGGAAGAAGUAAGCACCUUUAAGUUAAGCAAAGAUAUUUGUUUAUGCUGUGGAGUGCUUGAGAUUCACACUCAACAUUCCUUGUUUCAUGGAGGAAUGUGUGCUCCUUCAUUAUCAAUCCUUUUGGAGAAGUUCUUCCUCUGUGGUGAUGAUGGGUACCAAGCUGACUGUACCAUCUGCUGCUAGGACACCAUGAUGGCUCUAAUAGUUGAUGAUUCAGCAUGUCACAGAUGCUUUUGUGAAGAAUGUGUGGAUAUUCUUGUUUAUCCUGGGCAUGCAGAGGAAAUAAAAGAAACAAGUCCCUGGAUAUGCCUCAUGUGUGCACCCCAGGGUGUAAAUGGAUUGCUAAAGAGGAGAACAAAAUGUGUGCAUCUGAAACAUUUCUAUGAUCAAGAAUCUAACAGUCCUAAUAUCUGGAUAUAUCAGCCAUUGUCUCCAUAAAGAAAAUCAAUGCGUGUGCUUUUGCUUUUUGAUAAUAUUACAGAGGAACUGAAAAGCUUGGGGUUUCUGGGGGAAAGGAGAGGUAAUGGGUAUCUAAAGUACGUGGAUGAUGUCACAGAUGUGGUAAGAAUACAUAUAGAAGAAUGGGGCCCAUUUGAUUUUAUUUUUGGCUCAACUCCCCCAGCAGCAAUAUUUUACAAACAUCCAUCUGUCUGGUAUUUUUACCAAUUUUUUCAUAUACUUCAGUAUGGAAGUCCUGAAGAAAAAGUAAAAAGCCAUUUUUUUUGGCUAUUUGUAGACAAUACUGUCUUGGAUAAAGCAGAGAGAGAUGCAGCUUCUCGCUUUUCUCAGAUGGAAGCAGUUCUCAGAUAUAAGCAAGAUGAUGGCAAUGUCCAGAACGCAGUAUACAUGCGGAGCAACAUUCCAUCUGUUAAUAGCAAAUGCUCUGCUUCAGCAUUGCACAUGGAUUUGUCUAUCUUGGCAAAGAACAUUUGCAGAUCUAGAAUUUUCUCUCAGCAUCCAGCUAUGCUGAUUAGGGAUUUUUUUGUUCCUUUGAAAGAAUAUUUUAGGGCCUUUUCAUAA